AUCUCGCGGUAUUUGGCAGCAGCCUAUGCCUGUAGCGCCGCCGUGCGUAGGCCGCGGAUGAAGCCGGGAAUUGUGUUUAUUUUUAAGACCCACAUGAGGUUCUAGUGGCGGGGCUGUUAGCAGUGUCCCAGCGGCAGGAUGAGCAGCCGGGUGUGUAAGAACUGCGGUUGUACCGAUAUAGACGUAGAUGCGGCCCGCGGGGAUGCGGUGUGUACGGGCUGCGGCUCGGUGCUGGAGGAUAAUAUCAUCGUGUCUGAGGUGCAGUUCGUGGAGGGCGCAGGCGGGAUCUCCUCGGCAGUUGGACAGUUCGUCUCCUCGGAAUGUUCUGGUAAAACUCCAUCACUGGGAGAAGGAUUUUACACCAGCGUGGGAAAGGAGUCCCGUGCACAAACUCUACAGAAUGGGAAGCGUCAGAUUCACAACUUGGGAGUGCAGUUACAGCUAAAUAAGCAUUGCCUGGACACUGCCUUCAACUUCUUUAAAAUGGCUGUCAGCAAGCACCUUACCCGUGGUAGGAAGAUGACCCAUGUCAUAGCCGCCUGCUUGUACUUGGUCUGUAGGACAGAAGGAACUCCCCAUAUGUUACUUGAUCUCAGUGACCUUCUUCAGGUGAAUGUGUAUGUCCUUGGCAAGACCUUUCUUCUCUUAGCCAGAGAACUCUGCAUCAAUGCUCCUGCUAUAGACCCCUGCUUAUAUAUUCCUCGAUUUGCACACUUGCUGGAGUUUGGCGAUAAAAAUCAUGAAGUAUCAAUGACUGCACUGAGGUUGGUCCAAAGGAUGAAAAGAGAUUGGAUGCACACUGGGCGCCGCCCAUCUGGACUCUGCGGAGCUGCACUGCUUGUUGCAUCCAGAAUGCAUGAUUUCCGGCGGACCAUUAAAGAGGUCAUCAGGGUGGUAAAGGUGUGUGAGUCUACACUGAGGAAAAGAUUAACAGAAUUUGAAGAUACUCCAACAAGUCAACUGACAAUUGAUGAAUUUAUGAAGAUUGAUUUGGAACAAGAGUGUGAUCCUCCUUCCUUUACUGCUGGUCAAAGGAAGGUUAAAAUACAACAGCUUGAGCAAGAGUUGGCAAAAAAACUUGAUGAAGUAGAAGGGGAAAUAUCAAGUUAUCAAGAUGAAAUAGAGAAUGAGCUGGAGAGUAGCAGACCAAAGCCCAAAGGAAUAUAUGCUUCAUAUGCUAAAAAUGGUUCAGAAGACAACACUUCUAGCAUACUUGCAGAAGAAGAUGAUGAUGAAGACCUGGAAGCAGCCGCUAAUCACUUAAACAAGGAUUUUUACAGUGAACUUGCUAAUGAUACAUCUAAAGGGAUUUGUUAUGAGCACACCGUGAAGCCACUUCCUAUAGAAUCUCUACUAGGCCCUCUCCCCACUGCUGCAAGCUUGGGGAUUACAGACUCCAUCAAGGAAUGCAUAGCAAUAAAUGAGCAAGAGAAAAGUGACAAUGCAGGAGACGGCGAACUCGACCUUAAUGGAAUUGAUGACAAUGAAAUAGACAGGUAUAUUCUCAAUGAGAAGGAAGCAGAAAUAAAGAAAGAGAUGUGGAUGAAAGAGAAUGAGGACUACCUUCGAGAACAAAAGGAAAAGGAAGCGCGUAUAGCUAAAGAGAAGGAGCUUGGUAUUUACAAAGAGCAAAAGCCAAGGAAACCUUCCAAGCGGAGGGCUCCAAUCCAAGCCAGCACUGCUGGGGAGGCAAUUGAAAAGAUGCUGGAGCAGAAGAAAAUCUCCAGUAAAAUUAACUAUGAUGUACUCCGGGACCUCAACAGCAAAGGGAGCAGUACUCCAAAGCACGAUAAGAACGAUAUGGAGGAAGGGAUCACUAGCAACCAACUCUCCCGCAGGAAAUCUGCUGCCAGUAAAAUUCUGUCCAAUCCCGUCAGCAACGCCGGCAAAAGGAUAAGACCACUGGUUUCAACGCAGCCAUCUAAGAAAGUAGCAUUUGAACAGGAAGUCAGAAAUGAACUUGAGUCAACACCCCCAAAGAUAGUAGUGGAGAGUGGGCCAGUCACAUACAAUCACGAGGAUGAUGCCGCCGCCGCCGAAGAAGAAGAGGAGGAAGAGGAAGAACACUGUGUGAGCGCACUUCAGUUAAUGGGGGGAAAUGAUUACGGCUGUGAUAUGGAUGAGGAUGAUUACUGAACAUGUGCAAAAUAUUGAUGCUUGCUUGCAAGUAGAAUUGUAUAUAUGGACUUGUAACUAUAUGCUGUUCUGUGAUCAGCAUCAUUUCCAAGAGAAUAGAUGGACAUUUGUAUUAAUUAAAGACAAAUGUUAACCUCUUUGUUUGGGUCAGUUCAUGUUGACAUUAAACCAUUACAUAUGUACUGGGUUUGUAAAACUUGAAUUUUUGUUUUCAGUUGUGUGAUUAUAUUAUAGAAUAUUGUUUCUUGCUAUUCAUCCCUAAGCAAAUAGAUGUAAAUACAGUGCAAAUCCCCUAUGGGAAUCUGGGUGCUGUACUGCUAGUAAAAACAGUUCACUGCCCCCCUCCCCAGUGUGCUCUAUAGAUGUGUAGCUGUUUUCCAUUAAUAUAUGUAUAUAUAGAUAUUAGGUGCAUAUUACUCAUUGUAUCACCUUCCCUCCAUUGAGACAUUGACUGGCAAAGACGCCCUUUGGCAAUUCAGUUAUGUCAGGAAUCAGAAGAUACUUUUUUGCAUGACAGCUGGCGGCUGCUUCUCUCAGAACCGAGGCCUUAUUAUCACUCUAAAGCAAUGCCUUUGAGCUGCCGAGAGACUGCACCACUUGUAAAAAAAAUGCAUUUACAAAGUUCUUCCUUUAGAUUUGCUUAAUCCCUCAGCAUAUUGGGUUUUGGACCAAGAUCAUGUGAAACUGGAAGGAAUCGUAUGAACCACUGAGGAUCCUUGAAGCACAACCAACUUCUGCUAUGGAAAUUGACAGGACAUAAAUGAAUCAUUUCGAUAACGAUUUUUAUCAGUUGUUUGGAUACUUUGUCCAUUUAUAUAGAAUGAAUUUCAGAUCAUUUUCUUUUCAGCAUGCAAACUUAAUGAGUGUGGUAUUUCCUUGAUUGCUGUCUCAAUGGAUCACUUUCCUUUAGAAUUUAUAUCAGGUAAUUAGACUGCCAUGUCUGGCCAUUCUGUGUAUGUCAGUGAGACAUGCAUGUACACCAUUAAUUAAUUGGUCUGUGUGUAUUAUGUGGCAUUUCUUUGUGUGUUCAUAAUAUGUCAGUGCCAGCGGCCUUGCCCCACAGGGGAGCAGCUGUAUGCAUAGGAAGUAAUAAAAGAACAAACAAUAAGUAUAUCUAGCCUGAGUAAAGGAAUGGGUUCUCCCCUAACCAGUACUUUAACACUGAGGUUCAUUUUAAUAAGGAAGAAUACUCUAAAAGGCUUUUUGACUAUCUUUUUCUGAGAAAGGUCCUUUAUCAGGUGUGCUAUGAAAACGCAGUAGGGCUGCCCUCUGUGCGGUGCUUAAAGUCUAUUCAGGACUGUAAGUAGAAAGUGAUUUAGUCCAACUAUGGACUUCAGCACAUGGGUCGAAAGGUAAAGGUCACUUGUUAAAUAUUACACCUAUAUUUUUAUGUUACACCUGAUAAAGGUUUUUACCAAAAUGUCAAACCAACUAUCAUAUUACUUCUUGGAGGUCCUAAACAUUAUUCUUUUUUAUUAGAAGUGUAUUUAUUUCAGGGAAACAGCCACAAGCAUGGUAUAGUGUGUACCAACAAUCAAAAGCAGCCAGCUGCCCUUGUGAAAAAAGUAUUUUUGCAGGAGCCCAGUCCCUUGAAAGUUCUUCUUUUGAUAUUGGGAUAUUUGAGAGAAAACCAAAUAUGAUUAAAAUAUUGGCACAAAAGGGGAUAGUCUCUAUUCCAAAUGGAGGUCUGGGUCUAUGUCAUAUAUGUAUAUUUGAAAACACCUUAUUAAUAGUUUGCUUAUUGAAUGAUAAUCUUGAAAAACUAUUUAAGCUUUAGCCACACAUUUGAGACUUAAAAUUUUAAAAUGUGGGUUGAUAUCUUGAUACUUGAUAGUUACCCCAACCUAAGGACAAGAAAACCUCAUCUAGACCUGUAUAAACCCUUAUUUGUAUAUAUGUGUAUAUCUGUACGAUAGAGCAGUAGUGUUACAAUGAUAUUUGAUAAAGAAUAGGCAUUUCUUACAUGAUUAUAGAUGCCACGUUCAGCCAGGGUGUAAGCACCAUCUGCGCACUGAGAGAGUCAGUAUGUGCACUGGAAAAUCUGUCGGUCUUUAGACUGGUCUUAACAAAUGCAUAGCCCAACCACAUGUUUGUAGACAUAUUCAAAACUCGUGUGCUUACAUUCUGACCUCUGCAUCCAAAUCAUCUUGCCCUGCCUUACUUUGCUUUAACAAUCUAAGUUUUCUGAUAAGAAAACCUGUCCCCCUGUAAAAAGGUAUAGGUAGCCAGUAAACACAAGCAUCCGAACCAUCUUUUAGCUCUCUGCACGUUGUUGUCUGUAUGUUGUACUGUUUGUUUUUUUUCAGUUGUUUGUGGCUUCUGUCAUUUUAUUUGAUAUUUAUCUCUUCCAGGUCUUCUGUAAACCACCUCUAUUUUGUAGCCCAGUCCAAAGGAAUUCCAUUUGAAAGCAUUUAGGGAGGUUACCUUAACAAUGAAAGAUCGGGACCUCUGAAAUCUGCUCUAUGCGGCUUUCAUAUAUUUUAGCCUAACCCUGGCCAAGGCAUUUUGUUUUUUUAGGGAAAUGCAUUAAAAACAUUAUUUAAGGUUGCCAGAUUAUCUCUUUAAAAUCCGGGUAAUUUAAAAGCUGUGUAGGUAAUUGCAUAUAGUUUAUAUAGCCAUAUAGUAUAUAUCCACUCAAACAACUCAUUUUAUCUUUAUGAAACAUUCCUAAUAUGGGGUGGCAAUGGUGCCUCCAAUAUGAAAGAGACAAGAUGGAACCCUGUGUAGUACAUAGCUUUUAGCAGAGCCCUACAAAAUGUAUUGUUCCUGUGAGUGUAAGGUACAUGCCAUCCUGCUUGCAUAGAUUUAGCUGAGCUCUGCAGGGGAAAUGAAAUUGUUCAUAGUUAAUGGAAUUAUUGUGGAAUUUCUGUUCAGUAUGUGUAAUGCAUUUUUUUUUUCUUUUUUUUUUUGAGCCUUAGAGUGUGCCAGGAUGUAUAGAACACUCUAUAUUUGCUGUCUUUCUUAAAGGAACAGUAACACCAAAAAAUGAAAGUGUAUAAAAGUAACUAAAAUAAAAUGUGCUGCCCUGCACUGGUAAAAGUUGUGUGUUUACGUCAGAAAGUCUACUAUAAUUUCUAUAGAUAAGCUGCUAUGUUGCAUGGGGGCAGCCAUUCAAAGGAGAAAAGGCACAGGCACAUAGCAGAUAACAGAUAAAACACUAUUGUAUUCUACAGAACUUAUCUGUUAUCUGCUAUGUAACCUGUGCCUUUUCUCCUUUUUUCCAGCUUGAAUGGCUGCCCCCGUGGCUACACAGCAGCUUAUUAUAUAAAUUAUAGUAGUGUUACUGUAGCAAACACACCAGUUUUACCAGUGCAGGGCAACAGUGCAUUAUAUUUUUAUUACUUUAAAGCUCUUUCAUUUUUUAGUGUUACUGUUCCUUUAAACAUGGAGUUGCCAGCCUUUCAAGUGGAUACAGACUGCAUAGAAACCGGUGCACUCUACAGCACACAGCUAAAUGAAUUGCUAAUUAGCCAUGCAAAUGAUUCUUUUUAUUGUGCUUUAAGAGAUAAUCCGACUGCAUUUAAUUAUGCAUACACUGUAGCAUUCCCCAAUCCAAAAAAUGCAUUGUGCAGCAGUAUGUUGAAAUAAAGCACUGUGAAUAAAUAUCAAUAUUUAUAGGUAUCAGCUGGAAAUGUGUAUUCCCAAAGCAAGGCACUUGCAGAUUCAAUACAUAUUUUAAAAAUGGAAGGUAUUAAAAAAAAAAAAAAAAAAACUUGCAAUGCGAUAUGUAUGAUGCAAAAAGGUAAAGGUAAACUUAGCAAAUUUUAUUAUAGCAAAUAAAUUGCCUUAGGAUGAUGCCAAAAUGCCCAUUGACUCUCAGCUGCAACACAAGAGCUGCAAGAUUCCAGGCUUUAUGGGGUUGCAAGCAGCAGUGACUGACAGUUUAACUAUUUUUCAGUUACUGUACUGGCCCUUUAACUUGCCACCCAUUGUUCCUGUCUGAAGAAGCCCCCCUCCUGCAGGUUGCAACAUGUGAAAAAGGCCUGGGACAGCAAUGCACAUUGUGGGGCCACAUACGACUCAUAGUCUGUUUACACGCGUGCCAGCAAAACAUAGCAACUGCUUUCCAUUCCAUUAACCAGGUGUGACUUGUACAAUUUGCAUCCUAAUGUGUUUGUACAGCUGGUAUAUAUAUAUAUAUAUAUCUGUAUAUCUUGCAUAGUGGCUGUGCAAUGGUGCCUGCAUAUUUAUACACUGGGAAAAACUAUUCUUCAGCUGUUAAUGGGUCGUUUGCACACAUGUCUCUUUUCUCCGUUACUGCAAUGCCAGGUCUCUCUGGAUGAUGUACUGAGAGUGGGAAAUGCCCUACUACUAUUUCACAUGCACUGUUCACCUGCCCGCUAUCUGUGUGUAUAUUUUUAUGGUUUUUGUUAAACAAUUUUAGUCUUUUCUCUGAACCUAUUUUGGAAGUAAACAAUAAAUAUAGGAAUAUCUUUAAGAUCUG